AUUUCGAUGCGACGAACGAUUUGACAUCCUGGAGAAAAAAAAAUAGAGAAAAACACCAGAUAGUGCAUGUUUUUCAGUUGUUUGAAUCGAAGAUUUUCCAAUGGAUUCCAAACGAAAAGCGAAGAAAAUGAGUGUGGCUGAAGUUUCCGGGUUAAUCAAAAGCCGAAUUCAGCAUAACAAUUUGUUUAUUAACAAGCGCUUUGACAAAAAGGAGGCCUGGCGAACUAUUCUGCAAUCCUCGGGGCUGCAUAUCUAUACCAUCGAUCAAGUUAAAGCUAAAUGGAAUAACCUGACGAAAAAGUACAAGGUACAUUAUAUUGCAGUUUUUGUCAAACGGGUAAAUAGUAUAUAUAUUUCAUUCAUAUUUCAGCAACUCAUUGCUCCUCCAACUGGAGGUGCUACGGAAAAUGGUGAACAGAGAGCUGACCAAUGGGUGCACUUCGACCAAAUGCAUGAAUUCAUGUCCAGUCAGCAUACGUGUUACCCUCCUCUUGUGGUCAAUAGUAACGGUGAUAUAAUCAGGAACGCCCAUAACAGCCCAGAACCUAUUGAUAGUGAGUUUGUUGAUUCAAGUUGUUUUGACGUCAGUGACUAUAUUGUCUUCGAUCCGGAACCAUCCGCGGAUAGCGUUGAGGAUUCUACAACAUGUGAGUACAGUGCAUUCGCCCCCUCUGAAUAUGAUGGCAUACAGAAUCGAGCUUCUACGCCAAUGAGUACCGACUCAGCAGUGGCUGUUCCUUCGGGAUUCGGACGGCAACGUAGUACCAAUGAUGAGGAUGACCUUCGCAAUAUCCAUACGGAUAAGAAAAGGAAGAAGCGGUAUUCACAACAGGAUAUGUUUCAAUUUUUCCGAGAGGAAUGUAAACGGAAGAGGAAAGAAAGUAAGCAGUGUUUGAUGCUUUUGAAAUCUAUUGCUCAGGCCCAAAACAUUGAUAUGCCAAUGGAUGAUUCCAGCUCGUCAGAUUCCGAAAUGUAAUUGGACAUAUACCACAGACAAAAGGUAUAGAACACUUUAUUGAAUUUUAAGCUCUAAACUGAAAUGUGACGUUGGUGCAACUAAUUUUAAA